AUGCGCCUUCUGCGAGCAGAAAUCAUGGGCGGCUUCAGCCUGACGAAAUUCGAUCGCGACAAAAUCCCUUGCUACGCAAUACUAUCUCACACGUGGCUGUCUGAUGAGCGAGAAGUUACGUUCGAGGAUAUACACAACCACACUGGCUCAAACAAGGAGGGAUAUGCCAAGCUCACGUUCUGCGCCGAACGAGCCAGGCGAGAUGGCCUGGAGUUUUUCUGGGUUGACACAUGUUGCAUCAAGCAGUCGAACUCAAGUGAGCUCGCUGAGGCUAUCAAUUGUAUGUUUCGUUGGUAUCAAGGCGCGGAGAAGUGCUACGUCUUUCUGGCGGAUGUUAGCUUGCUUAACUGUGGUCUUGCUAGAGCUGAGCGUGACUGGCAAUCUAGCCUACGAGACAGCAAGUGGUUCAGACGAGGGUGGACACUCCAAGAGCUUCUAGCGCCACAAUGCGUUGAGUUCUGGUCCUGCGAUGGCGCAUUGCUUGGUGACAAGAAAUCGCUGGAACAACAGAUCUCCGAGAUCACCCGUAUUCCGGUGGCCGCCCUCCGCAUGCAGCCUCUUCAUACGUUCAGUGUCGACGAACGAAAAAGCUGGAUGCUCGGUCGACAGACUCAGCUGGAAGAGGACCAAGCCUACUGCCUCAUGGGUAUCUUUGAUGUAUCAAUGCUCCCAAACUACGGUGAGCCAAAGGACAAAGCAAUGAGUCGUCUCGACGACGAGAUCGCCCAAGCCUUUCGAAAACGGCUGAACGGAUUUGGCCGUGCUACUCCAAUGAGCAAUGAAGCUGACUUGAUGGUUUUGCCAGGUGGAGCUCUGGUCAAGAAGCGUCGAAAGGUAUUGGAAAGCCUCAGGCUCAACACCUUCGACGCAAGACGAAAAGAGAUCAAACAUGUGCGUCCCGGCAGCUGCUCUUGGUUGUUGAAGGUGUCCACAUAUCAGCGUUGGGAAGACCCCAUCAAAUAUGGGCAACAAUACGGCUUUCUCUUGCUUGAUGGCAAUGCUGGGACAGGCAAAUCUACGGUGAUGAAGUUUGCCCACGAGCAUGCUAAAAGUCGAAAGCUUGCUGAUGACGUUGUCAUCUCUUAUUUUUUCAAUGCCAGAGGCGAAGAGUCAGAGAAGUCAACCUUAGGAAUGUGGAAAGCGUUAUUAUACCAGGUCCUAGGCGAAUGUCCAGACUUGCAAGAUACAAUCGACAUUGGAGUCUUCCCCUCUCCGUACGAUCCCAGUGCUCCGCCGUGGACGCUGGACAUACUUUGCGCAACCUUCGCGGCAACCGUGGUGAGACUAGGGAACAGACGCCUACAGUGCUUUGUCGAUGCAUUGGACGAGUGUGAAGAGUAUCAAAUACGCGAAAUGCUCUCAACUUUUCAUGAAGUAAGUAUCGAUGCCGCUGACUCUGGUGUUCAGAUGAAGGUGUGCUUUGCCAGCCGCCCGUAUCCGACAGUAAGCGUGCGGAAUGCUCAAACAAUUACGCUACAGGCUCAAGAGGGCCACAAUGAUGCUCUAGCCAAAUUUGUUAGUUCACGCUUAUACGAAGGGCACUCUAGUAUAACUGAAAGGGUCAGAAGCGACAUAUUGGAGAAAGCGAAUGGUGUAUUUAUGUGGGUAGUCCUCGUGAUUCCGAUGCUCAACGCGGCAUUCGAACGCGGACGUAUUUAUGCUGUUGAGUCGUUGCUGAGCACAAUCCCUACUGAACUCAGUGAUGUCUUUAAGCAGAUAUUGAGGAGGGAUACAGCGAACAUGGACGAGACGCAACUUUGCCUACAAUGGGUUUGCUUUGCUGCUCACCCCUUGACAAAGGAAGAGCUCUUUUUUGGUGUGGUCUCCGGACUUGGGAGGACUCAUGUCGAGGCGCUUGAACGAGACCUUGAACAAGUCACUGAGGAUUCCAUGCGCCGAUUUGUAUCGAGUUCCUCAAAGGGGCUUGCGGAGUUGCCCAAGUCGUCUAACACUGUUCAAUUUAUUCAUGAGUCUGUGCGAGACUUCCUCGUCAAGGAUCGGGGUUUGAUUGAGCUGUGGCCAGAGCUCGGCGACGAUCUUACGGGUAUCUCACACCAACGUCUCAAGCAGUGUUGUCAAACCUAUCACGACAUUGACAGAACCAGCUUUUUGCCACUUGCUGACACUGUGGCAGCUGCUUCGCAACGAGAAAGGAAGCAGAUGCAAGAAGAGCUUCGAACCAGAUUCCCCCUGCUCAGCUAUGCAAAUCAAUAUAUUCUGGAACAUGCAGACCAAAGUGUGAGUGAUGUCGCAGGCUCCGUAUUCCUCAAGUCUUUUCGGUUUGAUUCUUGGAUCAAGAUCAGGAACCACCUCGCAGAGAUUCCUUCUCGCCACCAUAUCGGAAACACUAGCCUGCUCUAUGCACUCGCAGAAGGUAACUACACGCAUCUCAUCCGAGCCCUGUGUCCGGACGGUCCACUUGUUGGAGAAAGUGUAGGACACUGGGAGCACUCUCUUUGCACGGCGCUACAGAAACACCAUCAAGAUGCGGUCCAAGCACUCCUACAGCCCGAAUGGUUACGCAGAGGAAUGGAAAACAACUUCAAUGCGUUGAUCAAAAGCAAAGAAAAGGGAGCACUGCUCGCCACGUCAUCCAACCAGUACCUACAUCCCUUGCUCUGGGCAAUUAGGGAAGGCUUUGAUGACGUCGUUGCGAUUUUAUUGGAUGCUCCCGAUUUAGAGCCAGAUGCAGUCACUCAUCUUGGUCGGGAUGCACUCUCGUUUGCCGCAGAAUCGGGCUGUGAAGCCGUGGUGUACUGGUAUAUUCGCACGGGUCGAAUUGAGACAGCCCUGAACAAGAAGGCGACUUCCUACUACGGGGAAUGGACACCUAUACAAUUUGCAAUAGCUCUAGGAAGAGAGUCAAUGGUCGAUCUGCUGCUCGGCAACGGUGCAAAUCUCUCUGGUAACGCAACGCUACUCCACCUAGCCGCCGGAAGGGGUCGUUGUGGCGUUGUAUACAUCCUACUCGAUAGGGGCAUUGACAUCGAGACAAGAGACUCUCAAGGCGAUACUGCACUUUUCUAUGCUGUACGAUCCAGAUUCAAGAAGGCCUUGCAGGCGCUGUUAGACCGAGGUGCAGAUGUGGACGCCCGGAACACAGAUGGUGACACUGUCUUGAUACUAGCCGCCUUCGAAGGGGAUCUGAAGUACGUCCGUUUCCUGCUUGAUAAGGGUGCAAACACUGAAGUCACGAACAAUGACGGAAAGACGGCGUUGCUCUCAGCUGCUGGCAGUGGCCACAAGGACUGUGUACGACUACUGCUGGAGAAGGGGAGUAGUAUAGGACUGCCAACAGUCCGUGGGUUGAGUGCCCAUCUGGCGGCAACGGAGCAGAAUCGCGAGCAGUGUGUCCAGGCUUUGUUGACUUGGGGACGUGAAAGCUCCAGAUACGGCCAACCAAUGCCCGGGCACCAGUACGACACCUGCGAUCGAAACUCGCAAUGA